AACAUGACUGACUUGAAAAAACAUAAAACGAGCUUACUGAUGUAUUCCUGAAAGGUGAGUUGAACUUACGAUGUAUGGUGUCCUUAAAGCGAGUAAACAUUAUGAUAUUUUUACAAGGGGUACAACCACCCUUGCUGUGAAGGUCAUUUUGUGAAGUUCUGAUUUUCAUCCUUUGGCUCAUUGAUAUCAAUUUUCAUCAGUGAUUUAACUUUCGAUUGACCAACCAUCUUGUGGUUUCUUUACCCACACAUCCGUAAUAAACAAUUGUAGCUGCUCUGUUCAAUUCUUAAGCUCUAUUUCUUACCGUACGUAACUUUAAGGUACCCGACGUGAUUUCCUGUGGUUGCAUUGUUUAUUGAGGACUCAACCUGCACUUUUAACAUACAUUUAUAUUCAUUUAUUUUACUCCGCACAAGACGUCCUUACAGCCUUACAAAAAUAUACUAAUCUUCCUCUAUUUUGACUGUUCAAAUGCUAACUCUUGGAGCCUCGUUAAAGAAACAUAGCAGCGAAUAUUUCGAGAAUUCAACCCUCUUCAACUAUCUUUUUCUUCAACACAAAAUUUGCUAUAUUCUCACGCGAGUAUUCCUAUUCAACUCGUUCUUCUAAAAAUUUUUCUUCAAGACAGACAUAUUUAACAAACUGGAAAAUUUUAAAACUAUCAUAUAAUGCGCCAACAACCAGCCCAAUUAAUAAACUGCGCGCUAUAACCAAAACACAUUGUUCCCAAAUAUGGAGUCCCAAAAGCUUCAAUACUGCGUGCCCCCCCAAACUGAACUCGGAGGGGAGUAAAGCUGUGACUGAACUUCAUGUUAAUAGCCAGAUCCUUUACCAUAACGAGAUAAAAGUGUUUAAAGAUCUAAAAAGAUGAUAUGGGUACUCUAGAUGAGCGUUUGGCAAGUUUUUUUCAAGGUAUUACCACAAUGACGGGUAAGUUAAUCCGGUCGAAUGACAAACUUGUAAGUUCCUAUGCCGUUUGGAACCGACUCAACAGAGACAUAGCAAAGUAAUCAGGCUAAUUAGUCUCCACAAGCUGUACUGUAUCAACGCAUAGUUUUGCGCGUUAAUAGUAAAUCUGUCAGAGUUACAAUCAGGACAUAUCCGGGAUAGUCAUCGCAUGCGCGCAACGUUUGUAAGAUUUAUUAGCCUGUAUUCUCUUGAGAUUUCUUUAAAAAAGAAAACUAAUUCAAUUUUAUUUACCUUAAUGGUGUUUUCUUUCUUUCUCCCUUUCUCUCAUUUCUAAUUCAUUAAGGUGGAGGGAUUUGAAGAAGGCACUCUCCAGCCAUGCACUUGAGGGGUGUAUGUCUCUUGUUACUGGCGGGUGUCAUUGUCACAUGGGCUGGACUGACACGUGAGUUACUUUUUGUGUUAUUCGUGGUCAGUUGUAAGGUCAAAGCUUACGCUCAUUGCAGUAAGUGCUGAAGGGUUUAAAACAAAAAAAAACCUUCCUCAAAACUAAGAGGUCAAUAGAUUUCUUAAUUCGUGUGGAAUGAUAUUGAAAAUGAAAUUCUUGGCUAAAACCAAACAUUUUUUUGUGGUGUUUGUAAAUGAAAAUUUAUAGCCCCGUAAACUAGUUUAUAGUAUAGCAAUUAUCCUUGGCACAGUUUACCGCAAGGUCGACUUGACCUUUAACUUAACUACCCAAUGUCAAUUUUUUUACUGCUAGAAAUGGGAAAUACAAGUUUAAAAAGGCACGACUGCCUUGGUUAUUGAUGAUGCAAACAGUAGUCACAGCGAUAGAACAUGGCUCACAUCGAUCUUGUGAAAUCAACUGCACUCGUGGGUUAUAGGCUUUUCUCUCUUUUCCUUCCUCCAAAAAUUCUUAUUUGAAUUUCUUUUUUUUUUCCAGAGGAUUAUAAUCAGGUCUAUUACCUUGGUUUUGAUCGGUACAAUGGAGAACGCUUGUACGAUGAUUCAUCGCACAACAACAAUGCGACUCUCAUGAAUGUUCAGUUGGAUAAAGAAGCAGGUAGCUGUGGCAAAUGUGCUAAGAUCUGCUGUGGUGGACAGAUUAUAAUAGACGGAUCAAAGUUCGUCGGUGAGUUAUAAUAUAUCUGAAAAAGAUGGUUAUGAUAUCUAUUUCUAUUUACUACGCAUGGGCAAGGCUCUUUCCUCUGGCUUCCUUUCAUGAUUCCUUUCGCCACGCAAGAACACAAUGUCAAAACAACUCAUGGAAACUUUGGGUCGAAGGGGGAGGAGGGGUGAGAGAUAUAGCUUACUAAGGCUUACAAGUCAUUCGAGAUGGAUUAGCCUUACUCCAAUCUGCUUUGUGACACACUUCCCGGCUAUUUUCCGACAGUGCGGGCCACUUGCCUCAUGUGACUGACCGACCGACCAUGCAUUUGGCUAACUGACAGGCCAGCUGAUUGUCUGUCUGUCUUUCUGUCUUUCUGUCUUUCUGUCUUCUGUCUUUCUGCCUGUCUGACUGAAUUGCUGGCUGGCUGGUGUUCAAGCUGGCUGACCGACUUACUGACUGACUCGAUGAAAGACUCACUGACUUACUCACUGACUGACUCAUUGACUGACUGACUGCCUGCCUGUUUGACUGGCUGAAAGACAGAGGGAGGAACGAAAUAGUGAACUCACCCAGCUCACUCACGAAAAUAAGCUAGUCUUAUUUAUGUCAAUUUCCAAACUUUGAGUCACCCGCAUACGCAUGCACAUGACAUAUCACCAUUUUAUUAAAGAUUGUGACUCCCCAAUAUAGGAAUUCCUUACAUUGAAGUUACUAUUGCAAUGAUGGUACAAUUAAAGGAAACAUCCGGUACAAUAGAUCUUUUCGAGACUAUUGGAGGACCGCCCAGAUCUAAUCACGAGGAACGUAAGUAGCUCUCUGCUUGUAAUUCUAAAAUGCCACAAAUUUUGGACGUUACAUAUGACUUACUUAUUUCCUGUUAAUUCAGCCCAAUAUGAUCUACAAGUUGAAAAUGCCAGGGUACGCUGGUUUCACCGAAAUGAAAAUGGUUCCACCGUGUUCAGUAUCAUAACAGACGGUCCUGUGUUAUCCAAUGGAAAAUGGUAUCAUUUAGCCGCAAUGUAUGACGGCCUUCGGGGCAUUGCUAAGAUUUAUAUCGAUGGAAAACUUUCAAAACAGGAAACUGCUGACCCCGGUGUAUUCCUGUCGCGAGACUGGUCUAAAUAUGCGGGUAAGUGGAGGUUAAGUGGCCCGAUAUUACUUUACACGUACAACAAAAAAGGAUUGAGUCAAAUUCAUGAUCACGCAAUCAUUUAGCGUCUGUGACUUACAAAGCUAUUCAUUACGUAAUUUGCCUCCCUUUUUUAAUCUAACCUCGCAUACAGGGAUCGGCUUAUAUGGCGGAAAAGGUCGUUUAGAGGGCUACGUAGACGAGUUUUACAUUUACAACAGGACUCUAGCGGAACCUGAGCUAAAAACGCUUAUUAAAAAGUGCCAAGGGCCCCAAAGCACCAUGGUGUUACAUCUGAGCUUUGACAGGAAAACCGGUGAUACGUUUCUGGAUGAAUCAGGACUUAUGAACCACGCAAAGGUUGGUGGGCCGCCUCUGCAACCAGGCCAACCAAAACCUGCUCCUCCUCCACGUAAGUGUAAUUAAUGCAUGUCAGAUUCUGAGAUUAUUAUUUUUAUAAAAUAUAAAAUUGAUCUAUUGAGAAUAUAAUUGAUCUGCAAGCCUUCCAAGGAGACUUUUAAUUCGAAAGUUUUUGCUUCUCUGUUGUCUAUUAGCUGCAAAAGGAAGCUGUGGAAACGGAGUACAACUAAAUGCUGGACAAGCGGAUGUCAAACUGGACGGGAAAACGUUCCGGAACAAACCAAUUGACAGUGUAACCAUAGCAAUGUGGUUAAAUGCUACUUCGGUUAAGGGAAAACAUUACUUGUUUGACACGAUUGGUGGCCAUUCAGCGCACAAACACGACCAGUAUCUUCUGAUGAUGGAGAACGGGGCCAUCGGCUGGAGUCAUAACGACCAAAAUGAUAAACAACUCUUCAAAGUUGUCACUGAUCCUAUAGUAACGGAGAGUAAGUUUACGGUCUAUCUUUUUAUCACAAUGUAUGGUAACUUUUCUCUUACUUUUAUACUGUUGAUCAGCAUAUGGUGAAAAAUUUCUUACCCUGAGGAAAAUUUAGACUAGGGGUUAUUAUUAAGAUAAAGCUUGCCAAGAUCUCUUACCAUUGAAUGUAAUAGUUGUGCAAUGCUACAAAUGUUAGAUAUAAAAUGUUAAUCCAAGCAAUUUUCUCCUGCACUCCAUGCUUUUUAGAGAGUUAGGCCGUCCUCCUGGUUCCACACUCGACCCAAUUCUCCCGUUCCACAUCAACUCACCCCUAUCUUAUCAAUUGCCACUUAGACACUGCAAGCUUUUUCCACACUCCAUUUUACAGGGGCGUAGCCAGGAUUUUUCAAAAGGUGGGGGACGGUCACAUCGUGUCAAACAGAGGGUUCUCACCAGUUCUUGCCACCUAAAUAUUGUAGGUCGUUUGCUUUAAAAAAGACUUACAAAGAGGAGGUCACGGGCAUCCAAGGACUUCCCCCCUGUUGCUACGUACUUGUUUUAUUUUUAUCACCUUAGAACAAUGGAUGCAUAUCGCAGUAACAUACAAUGAGCAGAGUGGCCAGGCUAAGGUGUUUAUUAACGGCAACCUCAACAAGCAAGGGCCUGCAUCAGGAAGAUUGUCAGAAGACUGGGACAGCUAUGCAGCAUUUGGCAAACAUGAAGGAACUGUCACAGAUGUCGACACUCUGGACGAAAUAUACAUGUACAACAGGGAGUUGACUCCGUUUGAAGUGAAAACGCUCUAUGAUAACUGCAAUUUUGGGUUAGCCAAAACACGUGAGUUACUUUCAACAAAAGCUGUAAUUUCCUCUCUCUCAAAUUGUUUACACAACAUAUUUUUCUUCCACGUUGAACAUCAGCUGAUAUGGAUAAACAAUAACUCAGCGAUUCUUUCAUCGACCAUUAAGAUUCAUAAAAGCAUUUAUUUUUAGGAAAAGGCUAAUGUAUAGUUUUUCUCAAAGCAAUGAGUUUGGAUUGAACGAAAGAACGAAAAUGAAUGCAAUGUAUUUUUUGAAUGUGGGCUUCUUGUAACCCACGUCUUUUUGUUUUGCCCUAUAUCGAUUGUUUUAAUACUAAGUCAAAUUUUUCAUUUCAGCGAGCACUGGUCAAGUGUUCUACUUUGGAUUUGACCGCGUGUCAGGCAGUGAUGUGUUUGAUGACUCCGGUAGCCUGAAUGACGGUAAAUUAACUAGCCUUGCUACCGUGACAAAGACCAGUGGAACUUGCGGGAAUGGACUUCAACUACGUGGAGGUAAGUUUAUGUCGGCGGUUAAGAUAAGUUAACGAUGGCAAACUGAAGCAUCAUACAGAUCCUGUUAAGGACAACCAUCGACCCUCCGACUUAUUAGCUGAUUUACCAUGACGAAUAAAUGAUUGACUGACUGACUGGCUGACUGACUGACCGACCAUCUGACUGACUGACCGACCAUCUGACUGAUAGACGGACGAACGCACGGGCGGAAGGACUGACUGACCAGUUGACUGACCGACUGACUGAUUGUCUUACUGACUGGGUGACUGAUUUACUGUUUUAUCAACUGAGUUUAUAAUGUGAAUUGACCACCGAAAAGAGUUUCUAAAGCUGACGUUUCGAAUGUUAGUCACUCGUCUUAUUGGCUGGGUCGCUGACUGACUGAUUGACUGAAAUACCCAAUGACGAACUAGAGGUUUGUUAUCUGAAUGGAAUGGAAAAACUACAGUUGAAGAUAGCACAAGUUACUCAUUUCAUCAUCUUCCCAUAGGCAAUAUUUUGAUUGACGGACAACGAAUAAAGAGAAAACCGCUGUUCAGUGUGACAGUGGCGCUAUGGCUCAAGUUGAAUACCAAACCGCGGUCAACAGUCUGUCUUCAGCACCUGCAAUCCCGAUAACCCGUGGAACACACAUCUGCAGUAUUCGCUAACGAUCAAAGACGGAAGAGUCAGAUGGUUUCACCGUAAUGAAAAAUCCCAGGUGAGCUUUUAUAAAACAUAGGUCUGCUUGGCGUGCGCGCAGGAAGUGCAACCUAACGAAUGGCUUAGCUCUUGUGAGUAGUCUAACAUGUGUGCUUUUUACUCGACAGUUUUUGUAUUAGAAUUCACUUACGGCUUAUUUAGUUUUUUUGCAACCAAUCACAAACACGCUUAUAUUAAUCGUCACUUGACUUCGUUUAGUCGGUCAGAAAAAGAAAACGCUUGACAGAAGAAAAUUUACCACAGAGAGGGGAGGAAAGAUUAAAUUUCCGUCACUUUCUUUCCUUGAUUCUUUAGACUGUUUUCAGCGCCGAGACAAACUCGCCACUUGUACCAGCUGGAACAUGGACUCAUAUCAGCUGCACUUACACCGCAACUGGCGGGAAAUCUGAGAUAUAUGUGAAUGGGGUGUUAAAAAAACAAGAGCUCACUGGCAGUGGAAUUCUUUCUCAG